UGAUUUUAUUUUCAAACUGUCCUCAUCAAAAUGGGUUUCUCAUUAUUAUUUUCAUUUGUUAUUGUCGUUGGAAUAUAUAGUUAUAACUUUUCUGAGGCUAGAGAGCCUGUGUGUUCCAAAUUUGCAUACGAAGAACAGCUUUUAGAGAAAAUGAUAAGAACUGAAAUUAAGGUAGAAACAAUGGUGAAUGAAAUUAAGAAAACUGAGGAUAAUGUCAUCAGUACAUUAGGCGACAUUAAACAAACUGUUACGGACAUGUUUGCAGAUAUGAAGGGGAACAUAACGGACGAGAUGUUAAAUAGAGGUGACGAAAUAAAAAGAGAUAUGAGAGGAAACAUAACGGAUGAGAUGAUAAAGAGAAGCGAUGAGAUAGAAAGGAGAGAAGAAUCGUUCAAGAAACGUUUUGAAGAAACAAGAAACAACCUCAUUAGUGGAAUUGACGCUAAAAAAGAGGAACUUAUUCAACUUCAAGAAUCGUUCAAGAAACGUUUUGAAGAAACAAGAAACAACCUCACUAGUGACAUUGACGCUAAAAAAGAGGAACUUAAUCAAAUUCAAGGAAAACUUGAACAACCUCCGAUCGCUUUCUACGCACAUCACGUGAAAGAUCUGGCCCUUGAUUCUACAAAUGAGAUUCUCAUAUUCGAGAAGACAUUUACUAACGAGGGAACAGGUUACGACACGUCCACAGGAAUCUUCACGGCACCUGUCGGAGGACUGUACCAGUUUGUUAUUCAUACAUGUGCUUAUAAAGGAAAACAUGCUUAUCUUGGACUGGUGCUGAAACGUCACGUUAUUGCAGCAGAUUCUAACUAUGGUGAUGAAUCGUAUGGCUGUAAUACGUUUGGUGCUAUAGUGAGAGUAAAAUUAGGAGAAAAAGUUUGGGUUAAGUCAACAUCGUCAUGUUCUAUCUGCCAGCUUAUGCAAGAUAAAUAUAGGAUGAAUACAUUCAGCGGAUUGCUUGUCAAUAACUGAAUUAUAAACUAAACCAAUUAACAUUUAUUUGAGUAAAAAUCUGAUUUCAGUCUUAAUACGUGAUGUUUAACUUUAACAAUUUCAAAUAAAUUGUUUAAAUUAUUUUUGUGAAUCACUUUCUUGUCAAACAGAAGAUUUAUUGAACUCAUCGAUUGGUCUAUGAUAUGUUGUAAAGAAUAAAAAUCAUGCAUUUAAUGUUUUUUGCAUAUGGUUGCUAUUAUAGGAGUAUUAUAUGAUAAACAAUAGUAGAACAUGAAUCAAAGUAUAUCCGAAAUGUAUAACAAUAAUGUAAGGAAAGCUUAUGCAACAUAUUUGCGAGUAGUUUUUUGCUUAAAAGUAUCAUUAAACAGUCAAGCAAUUUAUAAUUAUGAAAGCAAUUAAUGCAUAUUUUAGUUACAUUCAAUCUUGUUCAAAAUAUAAAAAGAUUACCUGUACAAAUUUGUAUACAAUCGUUAUAUAUUUUGAUGAAUUAAAGUACAGUUGCAGUAUGCAGAAUUCAUGCAAAAAUAGAGUCGAA